AAACAACAAUUAUUAUGUUUAUUUGGUCUGGUGUUUCCUUGCUUGCUUACCCUCGGUGUCAUGAUCAGAAUCGAGUAGUGGAGAUGGUUGAGAGAAAUCCCAGUCAGUAGUUGGAAGUUGUUUGGCACUGUUGACUCUGCUGAAUUGUCUCAUUAGGUAAUCUGAUGAACUGGUAGUCAUUACACGUUUCCUUGAGGCACAUCUAGCUUGCCUUCACUCUCUAGCAUUCACUAAUUGAAACAAAGUAAAGGUUAAAAACAAUGAGUUCGAUGUAGGGACUAUCAUUGAUGGAAUGAUAGAUAGGCACUAUAAAUACAAUCAGAGAGUUAGGUUCAAUGUAACAUCAUGUUCAGAAAAGGAAUAUGGUACUUGUGUUAAACAAACCAAUAUUUACACAAUAUACCUUCUCUUUUAUGUAAUUUCGUAUUUAUUUUUUUAUUUGAUAAUCCAGGAACAUCAGCAACCCACAUGCCACAUGAGUGACAGCGGAGCCUCCUAAACCUAGGGGUACCUGCAUACUAACCAUCAAGGACUUUGUCCCGGCGCAGUGCUCGGCGUUGUGCUACCAUUAUCGGGGAGACUUCGUCUCCUGUACCAAGGAUGCCUCCGGGAACACCAAGAUGGUGGUAUUGGGAUUCGAACCUGGGACCUUGUCACAUCCCAAACUCGAAACCCAGCCCUUUUAUCAACUAGGCUGUCUUACCAUCGGCAUGUAAUUUCAUAUUUAAUUCACGCAAAUAAAAUCAAAUUUGGAAGCUUGCAAAUCAUUUUCUAGACAAUUGAAAUAUCUAUCAUGUUCCAAAAAAAAAAUACAAUGGUUUGAAGAUGUGACAUAAGAGACAAAGAUAGAGAUUUAUAAUGAGCCAGAAUUAGUUUUCCAUAAUUAACUCUUAUGUCCUUAAACUACAAGAAGAACUCCCCGUCUCAAGGGCAAUCACUGUUCUAAUCAUAACAUUAAGAAAUGGAACUGCCAUCACUAAUUCAUGUCGACUAACCAUUUAUGGUUCUAGAUAUUGAAUUCCCUUUUUAACAUUGUUUGUUUGAAUGAGAAACUAGAUGAAACAAAUAUCAGGGGAACACAAAAUCGGCUCCAAAAUAAGAAAGAUGAAGAUAGUGAAUUCCAGAGAUGGGUGGAUGAAGAAGGAGAAGCUGAACCUGAAGAAAGCGCAAGCUAGGACACAGAUUCUGAAGACGAUCGAUAGAUUGAAAGCUACCUUUCAACAACCAACAGAUUGUGUUUCAGGUUUUUUUUGUUCUUUCCCCUUUCUUUCCCCUUCUGCAGGUUCUGUUCUCUCAGGGAAUUUUUUUUGUUUAUGGGUUUUCUCCAGUUAUUUUGACUUUGUGAGGAUUGGUUUCUCUGAACAUUUUCUAUUGUGUGUAAUCAAUCAAUGGAAGGAAAGGCGGAAGAAGGGAUAGGGAAAGAGAAAGAGGGCGGGAACUUAGGAAGAAACAGAGAAUUCUGUAUGCAUCUAAACUCCUCUCCCGUCAUCUACGCUCUACGAUUUGUAUACGAAUGGCUUCCGGUAUUCGUGCUACAUCUCCAAUACAUGUAUUGCUAUACGUAUCCUCUCAAUGUUAUACAGCGUAAUUAGUGUAUUUUUUUGUUUUUUAUGUCACUAGUGAAACAAAACUUUCUCAAACCCAUCAAAUGCAUGUUGCCUGUAUGGUCAAUGGCUACAUUUGUCCCCGUUGAAGUGCUGGAAAAAAUCCCAAAAUACACAUCUUUUUAAAAAAAUUCUCAAAAUACACACGUUAUAAAAAUUUUUCCCAAAAUAUACAUGUUUGGGCAUCACCGCUGUUGUCAACCGCAGUGAAUGCAUUCACCGUGGCAGACCAAAGCGGUAAAUGCAUCACCGCGGUUGACGGCCGCGGUGAAUGCCUGACGUAACACUGAAACUUCAAACAAACUUAACUUUGCGCUCGGUUAUCCGAUUGUAGGGUUUUUUUUUAUUCCACAUAACUUUUCAAGAUCUUUCAAUCUGAAAAAAGACUUCAUCCCCCAAAAAAAUCAUUUGCUACCCCGAACGAGCAAUUUUUUUAUUUUGACAAACUUUGGAAGAUCAUAACUUUAUGCUCCACAAUCCGAAUGUCAUGAAACUUUUUUUUUUAUUUUGCAUAACUUUUAAAGUACUACAAGUUUGAUUAUAACCAUAAUUUUGGAAAGUAUGUGGAUUUGUGAAAAGUAAAGGCAAAGUUAUUCCCAAAAUUCCGUAUACCCAAAAAUACUUCUUUUUUAAAAAAUUAUUUCCUAGUCAAAGUUGUAGUUCUUAAAAAGUUAUGCGCAAUCAAAAAAACUUUACGGCGUUCGGAUUGAGGAGCUAAAAGUUAUGUCCUUCCAAAGUUUGACAAGAUCGAAAAAUUGCUUGUUCGGGGUAACAAACGAUAUUUUUUUCAGAUGAAGUCUUCUAUCAGAUUGAAAGAUCUUGAAAAGUUAUAUGGAAUCAAAAAAAAAAAUUCGCUACAAUGGGAUAACCGAGCGCAAGCCGCAAAGUUACGUUUGUUUGAAGUUUCAGUGUUAGGUCGGGCAUUCACCGCGGCCGUCAACCGCGGUGAUGCAUUCACUGCUUUGGUCUGCCGCGGUGAAUGCAUUCACUGCGGUUGAAAACAGCGGUGACGCCCAAACAUGUGUAUUUUGAGAAUUUUUUUUAUAACGUGUGUAUUUUGAGAAUUUUUUUUUAAAAACAUGUGUAUUUUUGGAAUUCCUCCUUGAAGUGCUAGGGUAAAAUUAUAUAUUUUGUGAACCAUUUAGAACAGGGAAUAAAAAAUGAAACAUUCCGUCAUUUUUUCAUCCAAAUUUAUGUUAGAUUUAUCGAGUCGGCAUUCCACCUCAUCAAUAUGAUUAAUAAAUAAAUAUAGUUUAGUUAUAUGAAGGCUUUGAGGAUUCGUUCUCCGACAGGAAGAUGUAGCGGCCAUGAGAAAAUGCAGCAGUGGGGACUCUCGGUUAGCGGCGGGGGUUGCUUGGGAGAAGAAGCGACGGAAGGGUUUGGCGAUUUGGGGAGUUGAUCUUGAGAGGCUGGAGGAAGGCAGUUUGUUGGAGGUGGAGAGAAGUGAGGUCGAGUGUAGGGUUUCGGAGGGGAGGGGUUGGGGAACGAAUGACGAAAGACGAAAAAAAAGGUCUCGAAGCCCCAACCUUAUUAAAGGCUUCCACGAAAGACGAAAUAAAGGGAGAAACCCCUCCUUUGGAUUUCUAGAACCCACUUUUUCAUUUUCUUCAGACGACGUUUUUUUUUUACAAUUAAUUGUCGCAAAUGAAAAAAUCAAAGCAAAUACAUUUUAUCUUCUUCAUUUUUUUCAAAUUUUUGUUGUGGCAACAGAAAACAAAAAUCAAAAUAAGAAAUGAACGGGACCUAAAGAGGAAGUCUCUAGCCAAUUGUCAAAUGAAAGAACUCACCUCCAUGGCUCCAUCCCUAAACUGAUAUGCCAUUUUAACCAUUUGACAGAAAAAUCACAGAAAAAGAAGAAAAAAAACUAGCUCCAUGGUGGAUCGGAGCCUAGCUUAGCAUCAAGAAACAGAUCCAUGAUGGAUUGGACCCCAGUAUGACUUCCAAUUUGAGCCUUAGACAAAUCCCAAUCAGGCUUAGCAACUUAUGGACUGGAAGACCGCAAAAGCCCAUAUCCCUAAUAUCCUGAAAGCCCAACGUCCCCAACUUGGAGAACAUAAGCCAGCGGAGUAGCGAAGAGAGAGAGAGAGAGAGAGAGAGAGAGAGAGAGAUUAUCAGAGAGAGUUCACCCGCUGCGACCAGAAGCGCACAGCUAACGGAGCGAGCGAGAUCAUCAACCUUCACCGCGCAAGGAAAGAUUGACUGAAGGCAAAGAGACCAUGGGGAGGAAGAAGGGCGUCGCCGAGUUCGAGGAAUCGCCGCCGGAUGACUUCGAUCCGUCCAAUCCGUACAAGGACCCGGUGGCGAUGCUGGAGAUGAGGGAGCACAUCGUGAGGGAGAAGUGGAUCGCCAUUGAGAAGGCCAAGAUUCUGAGGGAGAGGCUCCGCUGGUGCUAUCGCGUCGAAGGUGUCAACCACCACCAGAAAUGCCGCCACCUCGUCGAGCAGUACCUCGAGUCUACUCGUGGUAUUGGCUGGGGAAAGGACCAUCGCCCUCAUUCUUUUCACGGUCCCAAGGUGGAAGCCGUGGAGUCCGAGGAGUAAAAGGGUUGCUUGGUCUCAAGGUAAUCUUUUGGCCUUUGUAUUCUGAAUUUCUCCUUUUCAAUUCGACUAUUUCCCAGUUGAGUUCUGAUGAUAUGGGUAACUAUGCUUUGGGGAAAUGUUGUUUCUUUAGUGGUAGAACAAUUUCUGAAUUUGAGUUGUGUGAGAAAAGUGAGCUCAUCGUGAUAGUUUUGUUGGGUGAUUUUGGUUUGUAGUUUGAAAUGUUGUUUCAGCAGUGGAGUCGCUUCAAGUGUUUGUUCGGUGGAUGUGCGGAAUGGGUUAAUGUGGUAGUGUAACCUGAUGUGAAAAGAAGGGAAAUUCACCUUAGUCAAUAUGAAUUACUCCUAGGUUCUCUUCUAAAAGUCGACUGUCCGUUUUAGCUCAAUGAACAUGCUCUGAAGAAUUUGUUGACAACACUAGGCUUAUGAUAGAGAUUUUGAGGUGAUAAUUUGGAUGUGAAUAAUUAUGGCCGUGAAGUCUCCAUGAUUAUUUAUGUAUUUGGGUAUUAUCUUGGAAUUGAAACCAGACAGUGUAAAAAGAAGAUCAUGACUAGCAAGCCAAUUGUUAGUUUUGACGUAAACGAAAGCUUGUCUUAGUGGUGGUGGAUCAUGCUGUUUAUUUUGUUUAAUGUGUGGCUAAUCGAAUCAUGAAUCGUCAUCCUGUAUGUAUUGAGUUAGUCUGUUGAUUGUGGAAAGUUUUUUGGUUUCUUUUAGAAUUGAUAGCAAGAGUUCACAAUUGCUCUUAGACUUAUCACAGUUGGUGGAAGGGCAAGUAAAUAUAAAUGUCUGCU